AUGUCAAUAACCGACUACUCGAAUGAUUCCACUAAAAUGGAAUCUGAUUAUCUUCGAUUUAAAUUUUUAACACUUGGUGAUUCUGGUGUUGGAAAGACUUCGUUAUUGAAUCGUUACGUUGCUGGAACAUACAAUGACAAAUUGGCUCCCACUUUGGGAGUUGAUAUACGCGAUAAAUACGUUUAUUACAAAUCAAUGUGUACAAAACCAUCAAAAUUAUGGAAAAUACAUUUAGCGUUAUGGGAUACGGCCGGUCAAGAACGUUUAGGUCUUUUCUUCUAA